AUGUUGGAGCCCCCAGACCAUCAUGCUGUCUCCACCUCCAAAGCCCCUCAUACCAUCACACUGUCUCCACCUCCAAGCCCCCAGGCCAUCACACUGUCUCCACCUCCAAGCCCACAGGCCAUCACACUGUCUCCCCCUCCAAGCCCCCAGGCCAUCACGCUGUCUCCACCUCCAAAGCACCUCAUACCAUCACACUGUCUCCACCUCCAAGCCAACAGGCCAUCACACUGUCUCCACCUCCAAGUCCACAGGCCAUCACGCUGUCUCCACCUCCAAAGCCCCUCAUACCAUCACACUGUCUCCAUCUCCAAGCCCCCAGGCCAUCACACUGUCUCCGCCUCCAAGCCCACAGGCCAUAACGCUGUCUCCACCUCCAAAUCCCCUCAUACCAUCACACUGUCUCCACCUCCAAGCCCCCAGACCAUCACGCUGUCUCCACCUCCAAAUCCCCUCAUACCAUCACGCUGCCAUCACACUGUCUCCACCUCCAAGCCAACAGGCCAUCACGCUGUCUCCACCUCCAAGCCCACAGGCCAUCACGCUGUCUCCACCUCCAAGCCCCCAUAUCAUCACACUGUCUCCACCUCCAAAUCACCCCAGGCCAUCAUGCUGUCUCCACCUCCAAGCCCACAGGCCAUCACGCUGUCUCCACCUCCAAGCCGACAGGCCAUCACGCGCCCCCAGGCCAUCACACUGUCUCCACCUCCAAGCCAACAGGCCAUCACGCUGUCUCCACCUCCAAAUCCCCUCAUACCAUCACACUGUCUCCACCUCCAAGCCCCCAGGCCAUCACACUGUCUCCACCUCCAAGGCCCCCAAUACCAUCACACUGUCUCCACCUCCAAAUCCCCUCAUACCAUCACACUGUCUCCACCUCCAAGCCCCCAGGCCAUCACACUGCCUCCAUCUCCAAGGCCCCCCAUACCAUCACACUACCAUCACACUGUCUCCACCUCCAACUCCCCUCAGACCAUCACACUGUCUCCACCUCCAAGCCCCCAGGCCAUCACACUGUCUCCACCUCCAAGGCCCCCAAUACCAUCACACUGUCUCCACCUCCAAAUCCCCUCAUACCAUCACACUGUCUCCACCUCCAAGCCCCCAGGCCAUCACACAGCGUCCAGCGCCAAGGCCCCCCAGACCAUCACACUGUCUCCACCGCCAAAUCCCUCAUACCAUCACACUGUCUCCACCUCCAAAUCCCCUCAUACCAUCACACUCCCCCAGGCCAUCACACUGUCUCCACCUCCAAGCCCCCAGACCAUCACGCUGUCUCCAUCUCCAAAGCCUCCCAGACCAUCACACUGUCUCCACCUCCAAAUCACCCCAGGCCAUCACGCUGUCUCCACCUUCAAGCCCCCAGACCAUCACGCAACCAUCACACUGUCUCCACCUCAAAGCCCCCAGGCCAUCACACUGUCUCCACCUCCAAGCCCCCAGACCAUCACGCAGUCUCCAUCUCCAAAGCCCCCCAGACCAUCACACUGUCUCCACCUCCAAAUCACCCCAGGCCAUCACGCUGUCUCCACCUUCAAGCCCCCAGACCAUCACGCAGUCUCCACCUCCAAGUCCCCAGACCAUCAUACUUUCUCCACAUCCAAGCCCCCAGACCAUCACACUCCCCCAGACCAUCACGCUGUCUCCAUCUUCAAGCCCCCAGGCCAUCACACUGUCUCCACCUCCAAGCCCCCAGGCCAUCACACUGUCUCCACCUCCAAGCCCCCAGACCAUCACGCUGUCUCCACCUUCAAGCCCCCAGACCAUCACACUGCCAUCACGCUGUCUCCACCUCCAAGCCCCCAGACCAUCACGCUGACUCCACCUUCAAGCCCCCAGACCAUCACGCUGUCUCCACCUUCAAGCCCCCAGACCAUCACACUGCCCAAGACCAUCACACUGCCCCACCUCCAAAGCCCCAGGCCAUCACACUUUCUCCACCUCCAAGCCCCCAGACCAUCACACUGUCUCCACCUCCAAGCCCCCCCAAACCAUCACGCUGCCAUCACGCUGUCUCCACCUUCAAGCCCCCAGACCAUCACGCUGUCUCCACCUUCAAGCUCCCAGACCAUCACGCUGUCUCCACCUCCAAGCCCCCAGACCAUCUUGCUCUCUCCACCUCCAAGCCCCCAGACCAUCACACUGUCUCCACCUCCAAGCCCCCCAGACCAUCAAGCUGUCUCCACCUCCAAGCCCCCAGGCCAUCACACUGUCUCCCACUCCAAAGACCCCCAUACCAUCACGCUGUCUCCACCUCUAAAUCACCCCAGACCAUCACGCUGUCUCGACCUUCAAGCCCCCAGACCAUCACACAGCCCCAGACCAUCACACUGCCCCACCUCCAAAUCACCCCAGACCAUCAUACUUUCUCCACCUCCAAGCCCCCCGACCAUCACACUGUCUCCACCUCCACCCCCCCCAGACCAUCACGCUGUCUCCACCUUCAAGCCCCCAGACCAUCACGCUGUCCCCACCUUCAAGCUCCCAGACCAUCACGCUGUCUCCACCUCCAAGCCCCCAGACCAUCACACUAACCCUAACCGUAAACCUGGACUCAUUCAUGCACAACACCUUCUAGUCUUCCAGUCUCCAGUCCAUUGA